CUGGGUUGGUUUUCUCCAUCUGGCAACGCUAGCAUUGUUUAUAUUUUAUUUCACAAGUUUUAUCCCGAAAAACUCAUUAAAAAAGAUGCCCAAGGAGAAAUCCAAGCACCGGCAUCGCAGCCGCAGUCGGGAGAGGCGGGAUCAUCGCAGUCCGGAUCCGAGGAGCAGCAGGAACAGGGAUCGGGAUCGUGAACGCGAGCGGGAAAAGGAUCGUGACCACAGAGAUCACAGAGACAAGGAACGUGACCAGCGCAGGGAAAGGGAAAAGGACAAAAGCAGGGACAAGAAGCGGGAGCACAAAAGCCGGAGACGCCGGUCCUCUUCCUCCAGCUCAUCCCCGUCGAGUUCGACGUCCAGCUCGGUGCCCGGUGCCCCUCGUUCGCCGCUGGUAAAAAGCCCGAUGAAGCUUCUCCAGACGCUGGAAGCCCGUCGCCUCGUCGAGCAGAAGGAUCGUCAGCGUAAAAAGGAGGAGCUGAAGGCCCAUGAAACGCCCGAGGAGAAGCGCGCCCGUCGCCUGCGCGAAAAGCAGGCCAAGGAGCAGCGGCGUCGCGAACGAAUGGGCUGGGACAACGAGUACCAGACGUACUCCAACGAAGACAACCCGUUCGGGGACUCCAAUCUCACCUCCACCUUCCACUGGGGCAAAAAGCUGGAGGUAGAGGGACUAUCAAAUCUCUCCACCAAAACCGUAGAGGUACUGUCUCUGCAAAAGCAGUUGGAAAAUCGCAGGGAGCUGGAGAAGGUCAAGAAACGGCGUCAGGAGAGGGAGCUGGAGCGGCAGGUGCGCGAGGAUGAUCUUAUGAUGCAGCAGCGCGCCAAGGAGGCGGUGCAGUUCCGCGAGUGGCAGCGACAGGAAGAUCAGUUUCACUUAGAGCAGGCACGCUUGCGCAGUGAAAUCCGGAUCCGAGAUGGACGUGCCAAGCCCAUCGAUCUUCUCGCCCAAUAUGUGGCCGCUGGGAAUGAGCCGCUCGAAGAGUGCCUCGAGAUGCAGAUGCACGAGCCCUAUGUGCUGCUAAACGGCCUGCCCGUGGAAGAACUGGAGGACCUGCUGGUCGACAUUAAGGUAUACGAAGAGCUGGAGCAGGGCAAGCACAUCGAUUUCUGGAACGAUAUGAUCACCAUUGUGCAGGAUGAACUGCAGCGCCAACAGAAACUGGAGGCGGAGAAUAGUUCGCUCAAUCAACGCCGGGAUGGCAUCCACCAGGCGGUGGUAAAGGAUGUGGCCGAUAUUUUUAGGGGGAAGAAUGCUCAGCAGCUGGAGGAGAUGCGGCACCGCAUCGAGGCCAAGAUCAGUGGGCGAGCGGAUGGCGUCGACAUUAGCUACUGGGAAAGCCUGCUCUCGCAACUCAAGGCACACAUGGCCAGAGCUCGACUGCGAGAUCGCCAUCAAGCCUUAUUGCGCGAGAAGCUGUCGCUGCUCAAGCGAGAAAACGAUAAUGAGACGUUGCAAGAGAAGGUGGCCCCACAAGUCAAGGAAGAGGAGAUGGAAACCCAGGACGCAGAGGACCCGGAGGUUGAGGAGGGCUCACCCGAAGACGAGGAGGAUCCCCUGAAUGAGCUGCGUAAAACAGUGCGUCUUUACCAGGCAGGGAACUACAGCCCGCGCUAUAUACGCGAAGAGGACUUCACCGGCAGACGAGCGCAAAACGAAGACGUCGACGAACCGGAGGCAGAAGGACUUCUCUACGAGGAGGAGGACGACGAGCGGCGAACACAGAGACAGCGUCUGCUAAUCCUUCAUCCAGAACGAGUGGAUAACAAUCAACUGACCCCGCAGGAACUGCGAAUGCGCAACGAGGCGAAGCAGGGAAUGCAGGGUGACGAGGCCGAGUUCAGUGUGGAGACCACCCUGGAUGCAGUGCCGCAGCUGGCCACCGAUAAGUACCGACCACGAAAGCCGCGCUACUUCAAUCGCGUGCACACCGGCUUCGAGUGGAACAAGUACAACCAGACGCACUACGACAUGGACAAUCCCCCGCCCAAGAUCGUGCAGGGAUACAAGUUCAACAUAUUCUAUCCGGACCUUAUGGACAAAUCGCAGACGCCGCAGUACUUCCUCACUCCCUGCGCGGACAACGGGGACUUUGCGGUGCUGCGUUUCCACACAGGACCACCGUACGAGGACAUCGCCUUCAAGAUCGUCAACCGGGAGUGGGAGUUUAGCUACAAGCGGGGCUUCCGCUGCCAGUUCCACAACAACAUCUUCCAGCUGUGGUUCCACUUCAAGCGCUAUCGCUACAGGCGGUGAAGGAUUGUCACCGUCUGGCCUAGAUUACCCAAACCAUCCUUUUGUGCAGUCCUAUGUUAUUUUCCAAUAAAGUGUAAGCCCAGAAC